AUGAAGUUUUCAGCCAUCCUCGGGUUCUGUCUCCUCGCCGCUCAAAGCACCUCGGCGCAUUACAUUUUCAACACCCUCAUAGCUGGAUCUAAGACGUCCACGCAGGCCGUUCGUCAACCACUUAACAACACUCCAUUCCAUGACAUCACUUCCUCCGACGCCACUUGCAACCAUGACCCUGGUAAUGCUAGUGAGACGGUGCAGGUCAACGCGGGCGAUACUAUUGGGUUCAACGUUGACGUUGCCAUCUACCACAAAGGGCCGGCCGCCAUCUACCUUGGUCAAUCGCCUACAGACGCCUUCAAUUGGGACGGAAGCGGUCAGCAUUGGUUCAAGAUCGCUGAAUGGGGCGCUAACUUUGACCCUUUUUCUUUCACUGACUUGGGGCUCAGCCAGCUCACCACGACCAUCCCCAACAAUGUUCCUUCUGGCCAGUACCUAGUCCGUGUUGAACAAGCCGGUCUACACCUCGGCACUGGUGUUGUCGAAUGGUUUGUCUCGUGCGCCCAAAUCGAGGUCAUGAACGGUGGCUCUGGAAACCCAUCCAAGGUUGCGAUCCCUGGUUACCUCUCUAACCCUGAUCCCGAGUUAACGUUGAACAUCUACUACCCUGUUCCUACUUCCUACACCGUUCCCGGACCGGCCGUCUACCGCGGAUAA